UCCUGUCCUCGCGCGAUUGAAAAGAUGCACUGAGCACGCCGAGGGUUUUUUUUUCCCGGAAUCAUUGUGUGGAAGCUUGGAUUGGUGACGACAUAGCUACUCCGUAACCAACGGCCGCGAUUUUCAUCUCGGCGACUCCCGCUCCCACGAACCCGUUCGUCCCUCAUCUUGCUCCGCCAACCCCACGCAUGACCGGCAGGCGACACGGGGCUCGCCUCCCCGAGAUUGUUGCUGCCGGCAACGCCGCCGGCAUCGACGACAAUACCCCCGCCGCCUCCAGCGCCGAACCGCAGGGCUACCUCUCGCUGCCCAGCUCCCCGACCGCCAUUCGCCGGCCCCGAUCCAACAUGAGCCGACAAGGCUCCAAUACCGAGCCCCCAGACGAGCGCUCGCCGCUCCUGGGCGGGGGCAAUCGGACAUCGCGCAUCCGCAUACACAGCGCCCAUGGCUCGCCCAGGGUGCCCGCCCUGUCGAGGAACCAGAGUUAUGCCGACAGCCCGAGAAGCAUCCGCCACCACAGCCGCGGAAACUCGUGGGGCACUCGCCUGAUGAACGCCUUCUCGGAACGCCAGGAGUCCUCCAUGGCCGACUCCAAGGGCUCGCUCUACCCGGAAGACCGCGUGUGGUACGACCAGUUCACGUCGACCGACUGGGUUCACGACAGCAUCGCCGACGCCUACCGGGUCAAGGCCCUGCGCAGUCGCAAGGAUUUCUGGGGCCGCGUGUACGUCCUUUUCGACGGCGCCCAGGGCUGGCUGCUGAGCGCCCUCGUCGGCUUCAUCGUCGCCGUCCUGGCGUACGUGGUCAACGUGAGCGAGGCCACCGUCUUCGAUUUCAAGGACGGCUAUUGUGCGAGGGGGUGGUUGAUCAGCGAGAAGAAAUGCUGCCCUCACGGCCCUUGCACGGACUGGCGGGACUGGGGCGAGGUCCUCCAGGGAUUCCCGUUUGGCGAGCGCUGGACCGAAUAUGUCGUUUACAUCGUCGCCGUCAUCACGCUGGCCAGCCUGUCGUGCCUCUUGACGCUCACCACCAAGACGGUGGUGCCCUCGGCAUACCGACUGACGACGCUCGACGAGAACCUCGCCGCCGAGGCUCCCGCUCCUCAACCCGAAGACGGCGCCAACGGAGCCGCCGUCAGCCCCCGCCGGUUGCAAGAGAAGCGGGAACAGCCGCCCAUGAUUUACUACUCGGCCGCCGGCAGCGGUGUUGCCGAGGUCCGCGUCAUCCUCAGCGGCUUCGUCUUGCACGGCUUCCUGGGUCUCAAGACGCUCAUCGUCAAGACCCUCAGCCUCAUCCUCAGCGUCGCCUCCGGCCUGAGUCUCGGCAAGGAAGGGCCCUACGUCCACAUCGCGUCCUGCGUCGGCAACAUCGCCUGCCGCCUCUUCAGCAAGUACGACCGCAACGACGCCAAGCGCCGCGAGGUCCUCUCGGCCGCAGCCGCGGCGGGCGUCGCGGUAGCCUUCGGCGCCCCGCUCGGCGGCGUGCUCUUCGGCUUGGAGGAGGUAGCCUACUUCUUCCCGGCCAAGACGCUCUUCCGCACCUUCUUCUGCUGCAUUACCGCCGCAUUGACGCUCAAGUUCCUGAACCCCUACGGCACGCACAAGAUCGUCAUGUUCCAGGUGCGAUACCUCGUCGAUUGGGAGUACUUUGAGAUCCUCAGCUUCAUCACGGUGGGCGUCUUUGGCGGAGCUGCCGGGGCCUUGUUCAUCAAGGCUUCCAAGCACUGGGCCAAGACCUUCCGCCGGAUCCCCGUCAUCAAGGCGCACCCGCUGCUCGAGGUCGCUCUGGUUGCCCUGGUCACCGGCGUGCUAGGGUACUGGAACACCCUGACCAAGCUGCCCGUUUCCAAACUCCUGUAUAACCUGGCGGCGCCGUGCGAUGACCGAGACAACAACCUGGAGGACUUGGGCCUGUGCCCGGAGGAGAUUGGCGACAUCCCCCCCAUCUUGAUGAAUCUCUUCUCGGCCUUCCUGAUCAAAGGCGUGCUGACCAUCAUCACCUUUGGCAUCAAACUACCCGCUGGCAUCUACGUGCCGUCCAUGGUCGUUGGCGGCCUCAUGGGCCGCCUGGUCGGGCACGUCGUCCAGUGGGUGGUCAUGGCCACGCCGGACUGGAGCAUCUGGGGCACCUGCGCCAAGAUGCCGAAUGCCACUUGCAUCCAGCCUGGCGUGUACGGUCUGAUCGCCGCCGGCUCGACCAUGUGCGGCGUAACCCGCCUGUCCGUCACGCUUGCCGUCAUCUUGUUUGAGCUCACCGGCAGCCUCGAUUACGUCUUGCCCUUCUCGCUGGCUAUUCUGGUGGCCAAGUGGACGGCUGAUGCCAUCGAGCCUCUCAGCAUCUACGACCUCCUCACGAACAUGAACUCGUAUCCUUUCCUCAACAACAAGCACAAGCCUAUCUUCACCUCGGACCUCGCCGACAUUGUCCCGCGCGUCCGCAAGGAGCGCAUCAUCGACAUCACGAACUCGCCGGUGGUGCCGGCCCCGAGCCUGCGCGCCAAGCUCGAGCUUCUCCACAAGGCCGGCGAGCUGGACGGCGGCCUGCCCAUCAUCCGCGACGGCGUCCUGGUCGGCCUGAUCCCGGCCCCGGACCUCGAGUACGCGCUCGACAACCUGCGCGACGAGGCCUCCAGCCUGUGCCUGAUGGCGCCCGUGCCGCGCAUCGACGACUCGGACGACGGAUCGCCCGACCCCACCGACUUUACGCCCUACAUCGACCCUGCUCCCGUGGCCUUGGACAUUAGGUCCCCCAUGGAUCUGGUAUACGAGUGUUUUGUCAAGCUGGGGUUGCGGUAUAUUUGCGUGCUGAGGGAUGGGAAGUAUGCGGGCAUGACGCAUAAGAAGACUUUUGUCAAGUAUAUGCGGGAGCUGGAAGAGAAAGAGGGGUAUGAAUAAGUCGAACAGGGUGGAUGGGCGAAUCAUCCCGC